AUGGCUCAAUCUACUACUGAGAAUACCACCACCACCACCAUGACUUCGACUUCACAAAUAUCCGAACACGCGGUUUGCGACAUUGUUAAACAACAAAUUGCGGUAGCAAAGACUGUUCUUCUGCAGGCGGUGGAUCUCGUCGACAAUCAUCUGACGUCGGAUGAACAACUGACUGUAAACUCGAAACAUCUUCCGGGCUCGACAAUCGGUAAACACCUUAGGCAUGCCCGCGAUCACUUUGUACUCUUGAUAGAGUGCAUGCAAAGCCCCUCACCUCGGGUGCUAUCCUACGAUACACGAAUUCGAAACACGCCAAUGGAGAAUAGUAUUGACGGGGCGCGAUCCGCAUUACUCGAUGCUGUAAAGCAGUUGGAAGAAGUUGUCCCAGCCGUAAACUUCGACGAAGAAAUAUCACUGCAUGCUAUCACACCGUACAUGCAUUCAUUCAAAACCACAAUCGGCAGGGAGCUUUGGUUUGCGAGUCUACAUUGUGUGCAUCACUGGUCUAUGGUCCGCGUCAUUGCAGGAGAAUUGGGAAUACAACUUGCUGAAGACUUCGGUUUUGCACCGUCAACCCUGGUAUACCAAGAUCGCGAGGCGCCUUUGGGCAAAAAUAAAUUGUAA